CACUUUGACUACCAGUCAGCUUACGGGCUUAGUACGCGGCAGACGUGUCUUUUGUAAAACCAAUUUCACGAAAAAUAAAACAUCGCGGAUUAUUAAGUUAAUUAUACGAAAAAUAUAUAAGAGUGUUAGUGUUGUUUUUUGGAUUUUAUUGUUCGGUAAAGGACAGAGUAGAGAAGAUUUGCAAUAAAAUGUGUUGUGAAUAUUCAAGAUGGACGACGAAUGGAAAUUCGGAUGGUGAUUUCAAAAUUCAAACAAAACUUGACGUAAAUUGUAAUCUAGAACAUUCUAUAAACAAAAUGUGUUUUAUUACGAAAGCGUGUAAUAAACGAUUGACGAGCAGAUGCUGCAAUACAUUGUUCCUUUUGUUGAGGAUAUCGGGCUUUAUGUCAGUUUUAGUGAAGCAAUGGAUGUUGUUUAUCUUUUUUGUUAGUGUCAGUGCCAGUGUCAGUGCGUUUGGGGAGCAACGGUUCGCGCUAGAACCUCAAGAUCAGACCGCCAUAUUAGGUUCCAGAGUGAUCCUUCCGUGCAGAGUUGAGGAGAAGGCUGGGCAACUUCAGUGGACUAAGGAUGACUUUGGACUCGGUACACACCGCCAUCUGGCCGGAUACGAGCGCUACAAAAUGAUUGGCAGCGACGAAGAAGGCGACUACUCGUUGGACAUCAGAGAAGUUACGCUGGAUGACGACGCAGCAUAUCAAUGCCAAGUUAGCUCUGGACCGAGGGGUGAGCCAGCAAUUCGGUCAAGGUACGCCCGACUGACGGUGCUGGUACCACCAGAUCCUCCAAAGAUACUUCGGGGGCCCGUCAUUCCAGCUAUAGAAGACAGAGAGCUGGAUUUGGAGUGUGUUUCAGUAGGAGGAAAACCUCCAGCGGAGAUAACGUGGGUCGACAAUGACGGUGGAGUUUUGACUCAAGGUGUCACUUAUACCGUGGAACCGAUGGGUGAUGGCAGAAGAUUUACGGCGAGGUCUACCCUCAGAAUACGUCCCAGACGCCAACACCACAAUCAGACUUUUACUUGCCAAGCGCAGAACACUGCAGACAGGGCGUAUAGAUCUGUCAACGUCAAAUUACAAGUCCAAUACGCGCCUAAGGUCCGUCUCUUCAUGAAAUCCGGGUCAAUAAAAGGGAGAAUACAAGAAGGGGAAACAUUAAUAAUAGGGUGCCAAUCGAAUGCCAACCCUAGUAAUGUAUCUUACAAAUGGUACAUAAACAAUGAUGAAGCAAUUGGAGAAGUGAAAAAUGAAUUGAUUAUAACAAACGUUUCUCGUAAGCUUAACGAAGCGUCUGUCAAAUGCGAAGUGCACAAUAAGGUUGGCAAUAGCGCCGAUACGAAAACCUUAGAAGUGAUCUAUGGACCGACCUUCAAAAUGAAGCCGCAGAGCGUGGAAGCAGACUCUGGGUCCACAGUAACAUUGGAUUGCGCUGUAGAAGGUCACCCAACACCAAAGAUCAUGUGGCUCAGAUAUGACGGCGACCGGUUCAUUAGAGUGGGUAAAACACAAACCCUGAAUGUGACGGUAACCCAUCAGACAGCCGGACAUUAUUGGUGCAGGGGCGUGGUCGAAGGAAGACCAGAAGUGGAAGCACCAGCCGUUGUUUAUAUUAAAGGUCCACCGAAGAUUAUGUCAAAUCUAACUCAGUACGGGAUCGAAGGAGACACAGUCCGAAUCGAAUGUAUCUCGUUUUCAGUACCAAGACCUGAUUUCGUGAUGUGGACUUUUGGAGGCCACGAGAUAACCAGUUUCCAUAACCAAGAAUACGCUUUUCUAGAAGAGUCUUUAGCGGACAAGAUGACGAAGUCCACUUUGAUUAUCCGCAAGAGCGAAUCGGAGCAUUUUGGCCCCUACAAUUGUACGGUUAUAAACUCCUAUGGGACGGAUAGCGCCGAAAUUCAUUUAAUAGCUGAAAAAACAUUCCCAAUGCUGAUAUCGUUAAUAGGAGGUUCGUCGGCUAUAAUAUUUAUCCUCAUUAUAAUGUUUGUAAUAAUGUUAUUCCAUAAUAAAACUAAAAAGGCUGAUGUAAAAAAACCACAUAUAACCGAUAUAGAGAAGAACUGUGGAAGCUAUAAAGAGAGCGAUCGGCAUUCGAACAUAAGUGAUCUCAAAUUGGAAUUGAGACAAAUCGAAGGGAACUGUGAUAUGGACCACUCAAACACCGAAGCAGAUCUACAUCCUACAUUACAUAUAACAACGAACCUUGGAUUGCCACUAGCUGGGCCGGUUCCCCUACCGGAGACCGGCUUUGACGACGAGCUUAUGAAGUACCAGAGAUACAGCGGAGACUUCAAUCAGCAAGUGAACAGUUUGCAUUUUAAGUCGCACCCUCAAAGCAACGGCUACGUUCCCUACGUGGAUUACUCAAGGGACUACGCCCCGCCAGUGCCAUCGGAAUCGCUGUCCAGUUCGCUGACCAGAAGCACUGACGGGUCUUCGUACCCUGGUCAUUAUGGGUCCUUAAGGCGGCAAGCUAGCUGUGGAAGACUGGGUGGUCUCGUCGGACCUGAUGUGAUACCGUUCACGAAUCCCGGAGUCGUCCUGUCAGGCCUUGACGUGAGGUACUCUGCUGCAUAUGGAAAUCCUUAUCUAAGAAGUGGCGGAUCUUCGCCAUACGGCUCUCAAAGUGCUUCGCUAUCGACUGGAAAACCAACUCCACCACCGUACUAUACAAUACGUCAGGGGUGUCAUCCGUCAGUUCCGCCGGUAACGACUCCUUCAUCAUCGUCGUCCCGACCGGUCACCAGCCCUCCAGCUUCGUCGUCAUCGACAAACAGUGGAGCUCAGCCUCAGAUGCCAAAGCCGUGCUCACAAAAUUCAGCCCAAUAUAUCCUACAGCCGUCCAAUCAGGGAAAGAUACAAACCAAACAUGGAACCAAAGGUAAUGGAAGCCAUCUAGCCGCGCACGUGUAGACACUAAGUAAUUUUAGCAUAAAGCUCAUUUCGUUUUAUAUAAUUAAUUACAUUAAAACGUACUCAAAGAGACUGGUUUGGUUCCUUAUUUUAAGCAAGCGUUUGUUUUACGCGUGUACUGUAUACUCUAAAAAUAUAUAUAUUAUAUAUACGUAAAUAUUCCAAUAUAUGUGGAUAUUGUAUACGUAUAUUCAAAAGAUUAAAGUACGCUGUACUCACACUAAAAUUGUAACUUGUUGAAGUUGUAUUUAUAUCAAUUAUCAUAUUUGCGAGGGCAAAAGAUCUCGCAGACGACCUCCAACACGAUGGACCGACCUCAUAAAAUCUAUGACUCACUCCAAUAUAAAUGAUUGCUCUCACUCCGCCAAACAUCGUGCCACAUGGCGUCGCAUCGCGACAACAUCGGUAUCGCAGGAUUCGACUGAUGCAUGACCACGACCACUCUGUCAAGAGUUUAUGACUAGGAAGAAGAAGGAGAAGAAUUCUAUUGACUAUCAGGUUAGGUGUCAAGCUUGGUUCUAAGUGAAUCCAAUGCUAGUUUAUGUCGAUUAAUACAUAUUAGAUUAUAGAUUGGUGAAACUCUAUUUGGUUAAGCAAUUUUUGCAACCUCGCACGAGAAGCCGUUUAAAAUUUCAAAAAAAUAUCAUGAGAAAAAAACUUCUUCAGCUAUUUGAAUGGAGUAAACUUAAAUGAAGUUCAAUUAAAAAUAUCGAAAGGUUCAUGCUAAUACCAAAUAAAACGCAACUUUAUUUAAUUACAACGAUAAAUGUCGCGUAUAAGGGCCUGUCCGCACAGCGAUAUUUCACCGCGAGGUUUUUAUUCGCGUGUAUUAAAUUCCGCGAUCGGAAUUGCACCUAGUACGCACUGCGAAUAAAAUUUCGUACUAUUUUCGUCAGUUUAAUUCAGUUCUCGACUGAGACACACGUGUAAAAUGGACAACUAAACAAACAUUUUAAUUUAUCUAAAAAUCUAAAAAAUGCUAAGGCGGCGUAACAGACGUAUCAAAAGAUAUCACGAGCAUUGGAUUCACCCACUUACGGCAUUGAGACCCAUGUAAGGAUUUUUCUACAUAAAAUAUCAAGAGUUGCGAAAAUACAGCAAAAGGUUAGUUGCUCCAUAUCAAUCUCAUCAUUUUCUUGCACGGCUGCCGAUCGGGCGGGAGAAGAAGCGCGCGACAUCUUUUCAAUAGCGACGUUGCACGACUGAACGAAACGCGCGAAUUUUAUUCCACAGUGCGAGCAUAGCCAUACUUACUUUAUACGGUACAAAAUAUUCGCGCGGAAAUAAAUCGCACCGCUUCGCGUUCAAUUUGCAUCAAGUCACAGAUUUUUUUCCCGCGCGAUUUUUUUAGCGCCAGUGCGGAUACUCCUAUAAUAUUAAACGUGUUACAGAAUUACGAGAAAAAAAUCGCGCGGUGAAAAAUCGCUGUGCGGACAAGGCCUUAGGCGAAAUGUCACUUAAACCAAACCCUUCGAUAUAUUCUUCACAGUGUCAAUAUGAUUUUGAAUAACUAAUGUGUAUAACUCUCGAUUUAAUUUACCUAAAGAUAAAAGUUUCCCAGAAAAUCGGAACAUUAAUAUCAAACAAGAUUUAAUACAAUUUUGAUAAUUUAAUAAACCCCAGUCGCAGUACGCGCGUAAAACAAAAGCGCUAUUUAUAAACCUAUACUACGUAAUUUACCUUUAAUUUUACUGAAAAUUUAAUUACUCGAGGAAUUCUCAGAAUUAUGUUUAAUAUAUAAAAUUACGAUAAUUUAUAUUUAACGUGAUAUUUAAAACGUCUGUAGAAAGAGUUGAGCGUGCGAGUUCAAAGGAACCUAUUUAUAUCUUCAUAAUGAACUUCGUUUUGUUCAAGAAGUUACGAAGUAUUUAUUUGACUAAUAGCCCGAACAAAACUUAUCAAUACGAACACAGAUCAACAGAAUUCGCGUAAAACUUCGAAUUCAAAAGAGCCGAGUCGCUUAGAUCAUACAAGAUAUUCUCGUAUUUUAUUAGUAAUUUUUUACGUGACAACGUCUUAUAAUUCGAUGGAGCCUGCUGCACGCACGAAAAAACAUGACUCGUGCGGCGUUACCUCGCUCUGAGGCGUUCCAUUUAAGGCUUGAAGUGCAAGCGAGAGCGCGCAACGAGCGACAAAGAAGUACAAUUGGCCCCCGCGUUCGGCAGCGCUCGACAUCUGUCUCUCUCCUACUCGAGUGAGCGAUGCAUCCGCGUGGACAGCUGCUAUACAAUAAUACAUUUACAUGUUUUCGUCAAGUAUGAAGUUCAGUGAAAAGUGAAUGUGGUGUCAAUUGUCCAUACAAAAUAUCUAUCAAACAAAUAAAAUUAAAAUUUUCUUUCGAAAAAUAAAAACCAUUCCAUCAGUAUUUUCUUAUGACGUUGUCACGUUCAACUACCGUCACUAAACCGACUUUACAGACAACCGAUUUUUUUUUUGAGAUCGACAACGCGUUUUAUUCAAUGGCGUCAUAAUAUAUUAGCUCGGGAAUUGUGCGCUUAUUCAAGCAAUUCACAAAGAUGAUUCAAAAAUACUUUUGGUGUUUCUGACUGCAUUUGUUUCAUUCCUUUUACGGCUUUAGAUAUUUCGAUGGCGUCACGAUUUUAAUGGUCACCGAAAAAUCUGCAACUGUAAAAGUACUUUUGAACAAUUCUAUUGAUGACCGGGUGAGAAAAAUACUUGUGAAUUGCACAUUGAUCUAUCGAAAGAAAUCAGUUUAAUUGUUUUAAAUAUUACGUUGAAUUACAUGUAUUUUUAGUGAAGUGUCCGAUAAAGGUGCGUUUUAGCCAAUUGAAAAUUCUAUAAUGAAAAAUCUAUUUAUGUGAUCGUAAAAAAAGUAAUUAAACUUAACAAGUUUCUGAAACAAGCCUAAAACUUAAAAGCUUUAAAUGUAAAAUAUCAAAGAAAUGUGUUUUUAGUGUUAACUCUUAAUUUAGAUGUUAUAAGUAUGGUGUUCGCUUUGUGAAUUUUUUUAAGUGUAUUAUUAUAACCGUGACGUCUUAUGUCAUUUUGACAGCUGUCACAUUGUGAACUGUCUAUAGGUACUGAGUAUUAUUUUUAUCUUACUUCGAAUGAAAUUUUCGAAGGAUGCAUUGUUUUUACAUCAGCCGAUUUUUGGAUUUCUAUUUAAAGAUUACUUUGGAAUUAAGAAUGUUUUAAUAUAGGCUGAUAAUGAUAUUAUACAUUUUACUAAAACGUGAAUAUGAAUCGGAAAUCGUCUAUUGUAAAGUCCUUUCGUGCGCAGAACAUUAGACAAGCUAGAGUUCAAUUCGCUUCUUAAUUUCUUGAUACCUCGACCGGCAGGAUAUCACUAGUGUAAGUUACCGGUCUUACAAGUAAGGACAAAGAGAUGAUCCUCCACUGAGCGAGUGAAAUUGCUGAGUAGAUACACGGUCCGUAUGUUAAUAUUCAGAAUUUGUCAGCAUACUUCAAGAUGAAAAUGUUGUUAGCGAGAUUUUUUGUGUUACAUGAUGGCUACCAUAAAAUGAGUGCUCAAAGUAAAUUUACCUUGUCCUACAGGUCAACGGUUUAAAAUGUAUUAUGAUAUCUAAGAACUAUGUUGAUAAAGGUUAAAUUUCCACAGCAAGAUAAUUGAAUUUCAUCAUUGCUUGUUUUUUUUUUCUGUGCAGGGAAGGACAUCCUUAUUUUUGAAUUAAGACUGAUAUAGCCAUGCGUAAUAAAAAUAAUUACUAAAACAUUUUAUUUAGGUUUAUUUUUAGCGACACUUAUUGUUCGUUGUUUUGAAAAAACUUCCUCCUGGAGUGAAGAAGAGAAUCGGUUAAAUACCAUUUUACAGAAUCGCGAUUUUAUAAAAGACAAUCUCAUUUACUUAACGCACGUCGAUGGCACUAUACCAAGCUUACUGGUUUACUUUUUUAUUGGUGGUAGGAUCUCUUGUGAGUCCGAACGUGUAGGUACCACCACCCUGCCUAUUUAUGUCGUGAAGCAGUAAUGCGUUUCGGUUUGAAGGGUGGGGCAGCCGUUGUAACUACUGAGACCUUAUUGCUUAGAUGGGUGGACGAGCUCGCAGCCCACCUGGUGUUAAGUGGUUACCCAUAGACGUCUACAACGUAAAUGCAAAUGCGCCACCCACCUUGAGAUAUGUGUUCUAAGGUCUCAGUAUAGUUACAACGGCUGCCCCACCCUUCAAACCGAAACGCAUUACUGCUUCACGGCAGUUUAUUCUAAGGUAUUCGUAAUUUCCAAAUCCAGUGGCGUGAGCUAUCAGUAUUUAAUUGAGAAAUGGUUGGUUACUAAUGUGUUAUUAAAAGGUUUCUUCGGUUGUGAUUAGAUGGAUUGUUGGUAGUUUAAAGGUAUUUCCAGCUUCGCCACGACAUGUAGGUUAUUAGGGCCUCUGAACGAAGGAAUGGUUGUAAUGUUGUGCUUUGGGAGGUGUUAAAGGAAAACGUCUUCUUGCGUGUAUUCCAUGUUUGAUUAUCAUCUUAAUCCUAGUUUACAAUUAUGAAGAAGCCUGUUUCUGGGUGGUCCGCCUUAUUAGGGGGACAUACGAGAUUACACCUAUUAAUUAUGUUAUAUAUAUUAAAUGCUAUGCUAUAAUAUAUAAGUAUACCUACACACUUCAUGGUGAUUCGCUGAGAAGAUUUGGCACGAAACUCAGGGUUCUGAUGUGCAGGUUUUACGAUGUACUCUCCGACGAAGUCAACCAGCUCCUGUGAUUUGGAUAUUAGAACGCAUUGGUAACUUGAGUUUCUCACUAAGUCUCCGGAUGGAAGUUUUAUCGAAUAAUGUUUUUUACUUUCCAAAGGUCUCAAGCUUUCUCUGUAUCAAGAAGUUUUUAAUUAAGUCAAAGUUUAACUGUUAAGUAUUUUGUAAUUUGAGAUGAAAAAACCUUUUUUUUUUUUGUCAGCUAUAAAAAAAAAGGUGAGAUCGUGAAUUUUUAACAUUAAUUAAAAGAGAAUUUUGAUUAAAA